GUCUUCUCUCUCUCUCUCUCUCUCUCUCUGUGUCUGUAUCUGUCUGUGUCUCUCCGCGUUUGUACACUGUACGCUUCCAAACGGCACAGAGAGAGCAGCAAAGCGCCAUUAAUUCCCAUCCCCCAAAACAAUAAUAUACAGUACAAUACAAAGCUCUCGGCUUUCCCUUUCCUUCCACUCCACUCUUCCAGCUUCUUCCCCCUUACUCUUCCUCUGAGGGCUCCAUCGAAGCUCUAGGGUUUUGAAAUGUGGAGGGAGAAUGGCUGCCUCUGAAGAAUCAGCAGUCGCCGUGGGCCAUCCUGGCGAUGACUUGGGGCUGGGCUGCCGGCCGAGUCCCGAUCCCCAGCAUGCACCCCCCGAUCUCGAUCACGAGGCGGAGAACUCGCUCUCCGAUGAGCUCCUCCGUCUGGUACUGAAAGAAUCCGAGGAGGCCGCGCGGCUGCAGGCGGCAGAUAGCCAAGAGGGAGGAGCUCAGAGCGGUAUAGUGUAUAAUCAUGGAAGCACUGAUAAUAACAAUACCGGCUGGGAGGAUGAGAAGGAGGGCGAGAGAGCCGGUGAAGUUGAUGAUACCAGCGAGGAGAGGGAGACCGGAACCGGCGUUGGGAGGUAUAAUUCGUUUCCGGUGCGACCUGGUGCAGAGGAUUGCGCCUUUUACAUCAAGACGGGGACGUGCAAGUUUGGAUCUUUGUGCAAGUUCAAUCACCCAGUUCGCAGGAGAAACCCCCAUGUCAGUGCUGCAAGGGAGAGGGUGAAUGUCAAGGAGGAACUGAUGGACAAAACCGGACGGAUUGAAUGCAAGUACUACUUGAGGACUGGAGGAUGUAAGUAUGGAAAAGCUUGUAAAUACGAUCACCCAAGAACAAAACCUUCAGUGACCCCUGUUACGGAGCUGAAUUUUCUGGGCCUGCCCAUUAGGCCGGGGGAGAAAGAAUGCCCCUAUUAUAUGCGCAAUGGUUCCUGCAAGUAUGCUGCCAAUUGCAGGUUUAAUCAUCCAGAUCCUACAGCUUCAGGAGCAGGAGGCGGCAGCGGUGCCGGCACCGGAACCGACCUUCUCGGUGGAUAUGGAAAUGGUUCGUCUGCCACCCUAAAAGGUCUAUCACAGCCUGUUGCUUCUUGGUCAGCCCCCUCUGGGACAUUGAAUGAGACUGCUCCCUUUGUGCCAGCUGUGUAUCCACCAAUAGGAGGAGUUGCACCUCAGAAAGCAGAAUGGAGUACAUAUCAGGUCCCUGUUUAUCCACCAGAAAGGACUAUGCUUCCACCUCAAGCAUACAUGGGAAAGAACCUGGGGACAGAAGCUACUGCAUAUACCAACAAUAAGAAGCAAAUGAUAAACGACGAAUUUCCAGAACGCCCUGGGCAACCUGACUGCGCUUUCUUCCUGAAAACUGGAGAUUGCAAGUUUAAAUCCAACUGCAAAUAUAACCAUCCGAAGAGUCGGAUCCCAAGCUCAUCCCCUGUUCCUCUGAGUGACAAGGGCCUUCCUUUGAGACCUGAUCAGAAUAUAUGCUCUUAUUACAGCCGAUAUGGAAUAUGCAAGUUCGGGCCUGCAUGCAGAUUUGACCAUCCGGUGAACUGGACUCCAUCGAACUUGUCAGCCCCGUUUGGCAGUUUCACUGGACCAGAGGGGCCCAGGAUGGUCGGGACAAGUAGUGUAGGCAAUGUCGCGAUUCAGUAGUCCCCUGUAAAAAAUCUUUUUGGAAACCUGACUUGCUACUAUCUUUAGCUUCUCUAUAGGCUUCUUUAGAGUCGCAGCGUUUUAAAUUUUGUUCAUCCUCAUGGUGCGCGCCAGAGUUCUAACUUAUUUUGGAUCAAGCGGCCGAUGAAAAUCUCAGUUGGGCACCGUUUAAUGUUUUAGUUUCUGUUAAUUAAUGUUCAUUGCAGGACCAAACUUGAAGCUCAAGAAAAAAGUAUAGUCUAAACCCGAAAA